AUGGUGGUCAAUACGAUCCACUGGUUCAGGAAGGGCUUAAGGCUCCAUGAUAACCCAUCUCUGCGGGACUCUGUAAUAGGAGCCGAUACUCUGAGAUGCGUUUACAUACUGGACCCCUGGUUUGCAGGAUCGUCCAACGUGGGAAUCAGCAGAUGGAGAUCUCAGAAGGGACUGCGGUACAUUAGGAAUAAUGGUGGUCAAUACGAAUGGUGGUUCAGGAAGGGCUUAAGGCUCCAUGAUAACCCAUCUCUGCGGGACUCUGUAAUAGGAGCCGAUACUCUGAGAUGCGUUUACAUACUGGACCCCUGGUUUGCAGGAUCGUCCAACGUGGGAAUCAGCAGAUGGAGGUUUUUGCCGCAGUGUCUUGAGGACUUGGACUCCAGCCUUCGCAAACUUAACUCCCGCCUCUUUGUCAUCAGAGGACAACCCACGGAUGUCUUUCCAAGACUUUUCAAGGAGUGGAAAAUCACCCGACUGUCAUAUGAGUACGACUCCGAGCCCUUCGGGAAGGAUCGUGAUGCAGCCAUUAAGAAGCUGGCCACUGAGGCAGGGGUGGAAGUCUUCGUCAGGAUCUCCCACACACUCUAUGAUCUGGACAAGAUCAUAGAAUUAAAUGGAGGACAGUCUCCUCUCACCUGUAAACGAUUUCAGAUGCUCAUUAGUAGAAUGGAUGCUGUGGAAAUACCAGCGGAGACUAUCACGGCUGAAGUCAUGGGCAAAUGCACCACACCAGUCAGCAAUGACCACGAUGACAAGUUUGGUGUUCCCUCUCUGGAAGAGCUCGGUUUUGAAACCGAUGGGCUGUCCUCAGCUGUAUGGCCUGGUGGAGAGACUGAAGCUCUGACUCGACUAGAGAGACACCUGGAGAGGAAGGCUUGGGUGGCUAAUUUCGAGCGUCCCAGAAUGAAUGCUAAUUCCCUGCUGGCCAGCCCCACAGGCCUGAGCCCUUACCUCCGGUUUGGCUGCCUCUCCUGCAGACUUUUCUAUUUCAAACUCACAGACCUUUACAGAAAGGUCAAGAAAAACAGCGUCCCACCACUGUCCCUUUACGGUCAACUGCUCUGGCGUGAGUUCUUCUACACAGUCGCCACUAACAACCCACACUUCGACAAAAUGGAGUUCAAUCCCAUCUGCGUGCAGAUCCCAUGGGACAGGAACCCCGACGCUCUGGCGAAGUGGGCAGAGGGCAGGACUGGUUUCCCGUGGAUUGAUGCCAUUCUGACCCAGUUGAGGCAGGAGGGGUGGAUCCACCAUCUAGCCAGGCAUGCUGUUGCUUGCUUCCUCACACGUGGAGACCUGUGGAUCAGCUGGGAAGAGGGCAUGAAGGUGUUUGAGGAGUUGUUGCUGGAUGCAGACUGGAGCGUCAAUGCUGGAAGCUGGAUGUGGCUUUCAUGCAGCUCAUUCUUCCAGCAGUUCUUUCACUGUUACUGUCCGGUGGGCUUCGGUCGACGUACUGACCCUAAUGGAGACUAUAUAAGACGCUAUUUGCCCAUAUUGAGGGGCUUCCCUGCCAAAUUCAUCGAUGACCCUUGGAAUGCCCCAGAAAGUGUUCAGAAGUUCGCAAAAUGCAUAAUCGGAGUGCACUACCCUAAACCCAUGGUUAAUCACGCUGAGGCCAGCAGGAUAAACAUCGAGCGAAUGAAGCAAAUUUACCAAAAUCUGUCUUGCUACCGGGGCCUCGGGCUCCUUGCAACUGUUCCAUCCAAUACAACCAACAAUGGAGAUGGUAAUGGAGCAGGUCCUUCCUCAGGAGACAACACACAGGAGAGCACUCACAUUACAGUGCACCCAUCACCAGCAAGUUCUCAACCAGAGUUCUCACCAUUUCCAGUGUCAUGUGAUCAGCAGUCUGGAACUAUUGUGCAGCCACAACCAGGUUACUCAGGUAGUGGUAUGGUUGGACAAGCUCACAAACAGUCACAGAGAGGGAGAGGGACAAGUACUUUGAAACGACAUAAUGAAGACAGAGCUUCAGACAGUGCAUUGAAGAUUCAGAGGCAUGACAGUAACUAGCUGUCUCGGAAGCAAGGAUUUACACGCACCCCUCCUCAGACUAGUGUUUGGACCUUUCCUGAACCGUAGCACAAAGGACAAUGUGUCCGCAUGCCAUAUCUACUCCUCCAUGCUUAGCUUUUCGGGGAAGUCGUGGCCUAAUGGUUAGAGAGUCGGACUUGUAACCCAAAGGUUGUGAGUUUGAGU